AUGGUGAGCCUGCGAGUGGCAUCACUCUUCUCGGGCAUUGGCGGACUCGAUCUCGGGCUCCUGCAGGCAGGGCAUCGAAUCUCGCUCAUGGCUGAGAAAGAUCCGCAUUGCAAACAGGUACGUGCUGCCGGCACGCACGAGGCGCAACGCUGA